UAGAGAGUAUUACCGUUUUCACCAAAAGCCCUCCCCGCCCCGCGCCGCCCUGGAACGGUUGCAUCGGAAUUUUGCCGCCGCCGCCGAGAAAGGGAAAUUCGCUUUAGAGUGCGAGGAAGUAGGAGGAGGAAGAGAGCGAGAGGCGCCGCGGCACCGCCGUAGAAUCCGUGAGCACAGGACGAGAUGGGGAUAUUCUUCAGCAAGGCGGAGCCGCCGCCGCCGAUGGUGCUGGUGCCGCCGCUCUUCGACUACCCUCCCCUCGCCGCCCGCACCAGGAUGGCGGUGCCGGCAUAUGAGCUAAUGUUUGGGAAACUCUCACUUCACAAUCUGUUUGAGGACUACUUCGAUCAAGCUGGGAAUAUGACCUCAAGGAUCAUGUUGAAGCCGCUGGAAGAUCCUCAUGUUGAUUUGAUUGCUACUGUGUCUGCUGCUGCUGAUCAAAAUAGUGGAACGGAAGUAAAAGGAGAUGCUCUAUUUCGCUGGCAGAAAGAACUGGAUGAUCCCCAUACCUUUGUGGAUCUUCUUGUGUCAACUUCAAAUCCCUUGCUGCAGCUGAGGUCAUGUGCGUAUGAUCCAAAUUAUCGUAUUGGUGCCUUUGGAACAUUACCUUUGCUGAUGGGAAACAGGGUGCGUUCAGAAGAUUAUGGGGUCAUGGGUGUAAGAUAUGGUUCAGAGAAUUUAUCAGUUGGGGCAUCCUUUGUGCCAAUUCCUUUAUCAAGUGAGGUACCCUUUGGUGCAUGGUUGGUAGGGAGAAAAGGGAGCUUAACUGCAGGAGUACAGUACAAGCCAAUUAGCGGCAGCAAAAAUCCUAUGCCAUUUACAGAAUUGGAGAACUGGAACUGUGCAAUCAGUUAUGGAGUUGGCUCAACUAGCCCGCUCAGCCCUUCGUUCAUUUUCUCCCUGGAGCUUGCCAGAAGCACACAGCUGACCGCAUCAUUCUAUCAGCACCUGGUUGUUCAAAGAAGGGUAAAAAAUCCUUUUGAAGAUGAUCAGGUUGUUGGCAUUACAAACUACAUCGAUUUUGGACUUGAGUUGGCUGCCAGGGUUGAUAAAGACAAAGCGACUGAGAAUGGCAGCUCCUUGUUUCAGUUGGCUGCAAGCUGGCAAGCUAACAAAAACUUUCUACUGAAGGGAAAGCUUGGUCCUUCCAAGUCUUCUGUAGCUCUGGCAUUCAAAUCAUGGUGGAGACCAUCGUUUACAUUUAGUGUCACAGCUGUGAAUGAUCAUUCAAAGGGCACAACAUCGUAUGGAUUUGGCCUUCGAGUUGAGGAUCUUAGACAAGCCAGUUACCAACGAGCUGAUCCAAACUAUGUUAUGCUGACACCAAGCAAGGAGCACUUAGCACCAGGUGUGUUGCGCGAGUAUGGCAAGCGGCCCAUGUUCCAGACGCAGAUUGAUUCGGGCAACUAUGAUCAUUUACCAACAGAGUUGAAGCCUAUCGGAAAGAUAUUCUAACUGUAGGCUGCUUCUGGUCAUCUUUCGCUAGGAGCUUUUUCAGACAAGAUCAGCAAAGUCGUACCCGUCUUUAUCCUCGACAAGCUAUGCUAUCAGAUGGAAUUCCAUUUCCAUAGAGCGAAGGCAAUCCACUUUUGACUAGGAGAGCGUAACAUUGUUUUAUGAGCUGAUUUCGUCAUGAUAGCUGCAUGACUUUUUGAAACACGAGAAGAAUCCGACGCUUGUGCCUUGCAUUAUAUCAAUUACCCAUCCCGUCGUAAAAUCAUUAUCCAGAUAUCAUCAGAUUGCCAUCCA